UUAAAAAAUGGUCGUAAACCUUAAAGAAUAGACCAGAGUAUUUAAUGAAUGAAGAUAUAAAGGAGUAAGUCUUAGGUUGAAAAUGCUAGAGAACGUAAGAUGUUGGCAUGCAACCCCUAUCUCUUUGCAAAGGAAGAGUAAUCCGAGUCAUAACUGGAUUUCAAUUUCAGUUUUUUGCAUCUUAGUAGUUAAUACCCUUUAAUUUUUCAAUACUCCGAAAUGUUCUAAUGCAGUGUACCUCGUUUUUGAUGCAGUUAAUACUCUUCAACUUCCACAACUCUGAAACAUUUUAGGUGCCAAAGUACUUGGUUUUGAUGGCAUUUGAUAAGUAGGGAUAGUAGUUGUCAUCCAUGGAGUUAUGUUAAACAGAUGGGACAACCAAGCACUUCACACUUCUAACUGUUUCUGAGUGAGUCAUUUAAGGAGUGUGACUAAUCAUCCUACCAUACAGUUGUCAACAAAAGAGUAUUUUUUUCCUUAACUACCCACAAAAUCAAAGAAAUUUCCAGAUUUUCUGUGGAUAACUGAAAAUUAAAGAACCUAUCUUUUGAACAACACUUUUAAAUUUAGAUUGAGGGGGACUGCAUGUGAUGGGCUUCUUAUCUAAAGAAUAUAUAUGGCAUUUUUUUUCUAUGUAGCAGUAUAGCGAUGUACCUGGAAGUUGGUUAACUUAGAAUAGUCAUUGUCGGGCAAGAAGCCACAUAUUGUUUUAAGGCAUUUGUCUAAAUAACAACCUUACGUGAAACUGAAUUAAUUUUAUCAAUCCUCUUUCUUCCCCCCUCCCCGCUGCACCUGUGUCAAGUUUUAAGUCACCUGGGACAGAGGCACUUCAGUAUUCAGUGCAGUCUGGAUUGGGGAUUUUCAUGGUAAUAGUCAUGAUGGGUGUUGCCAAGAUAAUGAUAGUGCUGGCUGGGGGGCUGGGUGGGGACUGCUUUUGUUGUGAGGAAACUGGAGUAGCAAGAAGAGCUGGAUGAGGAAUUUGUGUUUAGAAGUGUGAUAUGAGAAGUGACCUGAUUUGAACAUAGUCCUUGAGGGAAAUUGUAGUCAGCAGUUAUCAACAGAUUGUGAGGCUGAGCCAAGAGGGCAACAUUGAUUAAAAAGAAAAAAUAUUAUGGGAAUGGAAAAAGUCUUGAAGGGAAGAUACUCAGAUUUCAUUUCUUUGAAGUUGAAUGACUUACAGCUAGGAGAGAAAAUUUUAAAUGCAUCAAAAUGCAGUGUUGGACACAGGAGGAAAAUGGUUGAUUUGGAAGAAGUUUAUUUAGAAGUGCAGUUACCAGGGGCAGGGGCUGGUGGGGGGAAGUAACAUGAGAUGUGGAAAUAAUGAAACCAAGCAUACAUCAGAAUGGAUCCCACAAAGAACAUAAGAAAGGACAGCUUGGCAUUACCAUUAUGGAUCGCUCCCGACACCGUGCAGGAGGAGCUGGCAAUGAGCAGGCGCCUUCACGAGAGCGCAGCCACGGUGGAGGUGAGAGACAGCGGCAGCUGGAGCGCCUCAGCCGGGAGGAGGCCUAUUACCAGUUCAUUAACGAGCUCAAUGAGGAGGACUACAGGCUAAUGAGGGACCGAAACCUGCUUGGCACUCCUGGAGAAAUAACAGCAGAAGAGUUGCAGCAACGUUUGGAGGGGGCUAAGGAGCGUCUGAUGUCGCAGUCUGAUCUGGAUAACAGAGAAGGUGAAGGUAGAACUGUUGGAGAUUCUGAAGUUCCUGGGGAAAACUCCAACGGCGACUCUUUGCUUGAGUGGCUUAACACAUUUCGUCGCACAGGAAAUGCCACUCGCAGCGGGCAGAGUGGGAACCAAACCUGGAGAGCUGUGAGUCGAACGAAUCCAAACAGUGGGGAGUUUCGCUUUAGUCUUGAAAUCAAUAUAAAUCACGAUCAUAACAGUUUUGAGCCUUCUGGUGAGGAGUAUGUUGAUAUAGAUGCUACCAGACUGUACGUAGAAAGAAGACGUCAGCUAGUUGCCAGUUCAGUAGCCCCACGGACAAGGAGCGUGGCUGCAAGAGAGGCAAGCAACGAAGCUGCAAGGACUAGGCUUCUAAGACAUGCCAUGGCAUUAAGGUCAGAAAUAGUCUCUCAUGCAGUUUCAGGGAGGCUCAGGAGUAGAACGAGGGAGCUGACAGGCCAGACAAAUAAUAGUACACCACAUAAUUCUGUGGCUGCUGGUGAGCCAAGAGAAAUGCCAGAAAGAGGUACUUCUGCAGGAGUCAGGAGGGGUAGAGCUAGGAGUAAUGUCCGGAUGAAUACAAACCAAAGACUAGAAAUUUUGAGGCUGAGGUCUACCUUAAGUAGUCGAAGCCGCUCCCCGCUGCAAAGGCAAGGUGAUGCUGCUCGUUCUGAGGAACGUGGUCAGAGGCAGGGUAGAAAUGCACAGCAGGUCAACAGAAGUAGGAGGCAAACAGCUCAAGCUUCUCCCCAGCCUACUGAAGAGCAAGCAAGAAGUAACACUCAGGCUCCCCAGCUUUCCAGUGUAGCCCCAUCCUUAGGAACAAGUUUGGAAGAGGAAGAAUCUAGUAGGCCAGUCGCUGCUGUCAGAAGGCACCCCACAAUUACACUAGAUCUUCAGGUGAGAAGAAUUCGUCCUGGAGAAAACAGAGACCGGGACAGCAUUGCCAGUAGAACUCGUUCUAGAGUAGGAAUGUCAGAAAACACAGUUACCUUUGAAAGUGACAGUGGGGGGUUUCGGCGCACAAUAUCCCGAUCAGAGCGCGCGGGUAUUCGGACCUACAUUAGCACUAUACGGAUACCUCUUCGUCGGAUUUCAGAAACCGGCCUUGGGGAGCCUUCAUCAGUGGCUCUUCGGUCAAUCCUUAGGCAGAUAAUGACAGGCUUUGGAGAACUGAGUUCUUUAAUGGAAACUGAAUCUAAUUCAGAAGUGCAAAGAGGCAGUCACCAUUUAGGAGAUGCACACAAUAACUCAAGUUCAGCAAACAGCAGUGAUCCAGGUGGGGUUUUGUCUAGACAUGCAUUAGAUGGCAGCAGGGAAAGAAAUGGACAGAGGGGUGGUAGUCAGCGCCCUGGGCGCAAUCGUGAGAGCCAAGAUAGCAGGCAGUCUCAAGAUGCAAACAACCUAGUGGAGAAUGGAACACUGCCCAUCCUUCGACUAGCCCACUUCUUCCUGCUGAAUGAAGAUGAUGAUGAUGAUCGUUUCAGAGGUUUAACCAAAGAGCAGAUUGACAAUCUUUCUACACGGAACUAUGGGGAUGUUCACACUGAAAAUGAAUGGAGUAAAACGUGCAGUGUUUGCAUUAAUGAAUAUGCAACAGGGAAUAAACUAAGGCAGUUACCUUGUAUGCAUGAGUUUCAUAUUCAUUGUAUUGAUCGCUGGCUUUCUGAGAACUCCACUUGCCCAAUUUGUCGACAGCCAGUUCUGGGGUCUAAUGCCACAGAUAAUGGUUAGAAUUGUUUGUACUGUUCUGCACUCAAGGAUUUGCUCCUGCUCUGUUAUGAGCUAGAUAAAAUUCAUUUACUUAGAUAUGGGGCCAUUUGUGGGGGGAGUUUUGUUAAAUUCCUUUAAAAACUAUAGAAACUUGUCUAAAUCUAACAAUGUAAAUACUAUUUUUUCCAAGUGCAGGUCUAGGAGCACACAUAGAACCAAAUGAUAUUGGUAAAGUUUAUAUUUUUUUAGAUAAUUUUGUUAUGCUAAGCACUUUUGUAAAUACAGAAAUGCAAUAGUUAAUCAGUCCUGCUUAAUGUAUGUUUUUUAACAUUGUAAUGGACUCGCUUUAUUUAGAUUACAAAUUGUUUCACACAGACCCACCACUGUGUUGAAAAAUUAGUGGCUAAAUAGCCAUUUGUUAGCUUUUUGUUCUAAGAACAAUUUCUUUUACAGAGAGUCUCUUGCUGGACAUGUUUGCUAAAGAUAUUUAAGUUACUUGAAGUGCUCAUUUUAAUAUACUUUUUUUUUUUUUAAAACAUUGAAAUAUCCUUUCCAAAAACUUGCCAAUUUGGUUCUAUUUUAAAAAUUCUAUCUCAAUUUUUUGCAUGUGGGUUUACACAGUUCUUAACAUUGACAAGUUCUUAUUCAGAAGUGGAUGAGUUAGUGGCAUUAUGAAAUGUACAUAAUUAAAUGCUGUCUUUGACAAUCUUUGUCUUCUCAGUGCAGACAGCAAUCAAAUCUGAUAAUUCCAAGAGGGUGUGUCUUACUUGCUCAAGGAAUAAAUGAGCGCUAAGGAAGUCUUUUUACUCUUCCAAAUUCCUCAAUCAAUAUUCCUGGGGUUUUAACUGCCUUAGUUUAAAGAAGGGAAAUAUUUCCUUGACCAUUAUAUUGUCUAUAAUAUGCAUGUUUUGGGCAUCCUACUCAUAAGAACAAAACAAAGACUUGAAGUGCUUUUGUACAAAAAUUUAAGGUACACAGGUAGUGUUAGUCCUCUUGAAACAUGCCUGAGGACCAAGUGGCAAAAGACAUUAAAAAGGACAAAAUAAGCUUCCCUGAAAAUCCUCAGUAUCUGUAUAAUUAGAUACUAAACUUUAUACCAAUGACUUACACUGAAAUAAAGUUGCAAGUU